AUGUCUGUGUGUCUACGCAGGGCAGUGCCGUCUCCCAAACACAUUCCAACAAAGAUACUUUCGAGAAACGCAUCUAGUUCCACAAACCAUGAUCAUAUUGUUGUCCUGGGAGCCGGUAUUUCUGGCCUGACGGCCGCUUUCCAUCUUCGACGUCGUUUCCCAGACAUCCGAAUCACCGUGCUAGACGAGCAAAACAGAGCAGGCGGGUGGAUACAGUCCGAUACAGUCGACUUGGGACCAAAAUAUGGCCGUGUUCUGCUCGAGGCAGGACCGAGGACAUUGCGACCUGUUUCGAGACCACUACUGGAGCUGGUCCACCUUCUCAACCUCGAGUCCGAGCUGAUCAUCACGCCAAAGUCUGCACCCGCAGCCACAAAGCGAUUUUUGUGCCUCUCAAAGCCUGAUGGACAAGGUCUCAAAGCACUCCCUUCCUCGCCCCUCAACAUGUUCUUCUCUCCAUUCUUCUUUACAUUGCUGCGUGCCGUUCUUACCGAACGUUAUUGGCCCCCGAACCGCACGCAACCCAUCCCAGUAGACGAGGAAAAGAAGGCCAGCCUUUCACAAAGCAUGAAAGUAUAUGAUGACGAGUCCGUCGACUCAUUUCUCACCAGACGGUUCGGUCCAAAAGUCGCUCGACUCUUUGGAAGUGCCCUGGUUCAUGGCAUCUACGCCGGGGACUCUAGGAGAUUGAGCGUUCGUGCCGCGUUUCCAUCGCUGUGGGACGCCGAAGACAGAGGAAAGGGAAGUGUCAUCACGGGUAUUGUGCGAACGCCUAAAGCCGCAAAGAACAACGAUGAAUUGGAGGUUGGAAAUCUUCCUACAAUCAUGUCCAACGCCUCCGCUCUUGCCGCUUCCAACGUCUCCUUGUCACUCAAAAGUAGAGUGGUCAAUUUGCGAGCUCUAGAAAGCGGUGUAAAGGUACAGCUGGAGGGCGCUGAAUUUAUCGAAGCGUCCCAUGUUGUCUCCGCAUUGCCACUUCCGCGACUUGAUACAUUACUACCAACAAAUCAACGUCUACCCCAUCUGUCAUUCAACCCACGGUCAAAUGUCAAAGUCAUCAAUCUCGUGUUUCCAUGCAAACCCACCGACAUCCACCCAGAAGGGUUUGGCUUCCUCAUACCACGUCCAGCAGACGGGUAUGAUAAUGCUCUUUCGAACAUUCUGGGUGUCGUAUUCGACUCUUGCGCCCUCGCAGCUCAGGACCAGCCCGGCCAAAACCCAAUCACCAAGCUGACGCUCAUGUGCGGCGGACCUUAUGCGACAUCUGUCACAGAAGUCUCAUUGGAUAAUCUCAUCGACCAACUUUUCAGUCACCUGAGCCGCCCAAGAAUGGAGCCCAUCCACGUGCGAGAGCAUGACCAAAAAGAAUGCAUUCCACUCCCACUUGUGGGGCACCUAGAACGGAUGAAAAUGACAAGGCGAAUAGCCUCUGAGGCGCCGUGGAACGGUCGUUUGCAAAUAAUUGGGGCAGAUGUUGAUGGAGCGGGUAUCGCAGAUUGUGUAAAGGCAGGAAGGGUGGCAGCGUUUGAGCUUGCAAGAGGCUAG